AUGGCGAUAAUUAAAAGAGGAGCUCGUAAUAAGGUAGCCCAGCCUCCUGCCAAAAGGGUAACAAAUAUUAAAAAAGCCGCGUUUGAUUCAGGAAGGAAACAAGAAGUAGGUGUCUCUGAUUUAACACUAUUAUCAACCAUAUCUGAUGACCAUAUCAAUGCUAACUUGAAGAAAAGGUUUGAAGUUGGUAGUAUUUACACAUAUAUUGGACAUGUGUUGAUUAGUGUCAACCCUUUCAGGGAUUUGGGCAUUUAUGGCGAAGAAGUUAUGAAAUCGUAUCAAGAUAAAAAUAGAUUAGAGGUUCCGCCACAUGUGUUUGCAAUUGCUGAAGCUAUGUAUUACAAUAUGAAAGCUUAUAAAGAGAAUCAAUGUGUUAUUAUAUCGGGUGAGUCAGGUGCGGGUAAAACAGAAUGUGCUAAACAAAUUAUGCAAUAUAUUGCAGCGGUAUCGUCUACUCACGAAGAAUCUAUUGGAAAAAUCAAGGAUAUGGUUUUAGCUACCAAUCCUUUACUUGAAUCUUUUGGCUGUGCCAAGACAUUAAGGAAUAACAACUCAUCCAGGCACGGAAAAUAUUUAGAAAUUAGGUUUAAUUCUCAGUUCGAGCCUUGUGCAGGGAAUAUCACGAAUUAUCUAUUAGAAAAGCAAAGGGUUGUUGGACAAAUCGUAAAUGAACGUAAUUUUCACAUCUUUUAUCAGUUUACAAAGGGUGCCUCCGAUGAGUACAGGAAGACCUACGGUAUUCAGACCCCCGACUACUAUGUGUAUACUUCUGCUUCUGGAUGCAUAUCGAUUGACACGAUUGACGAUGUUGGUGACUAUCAGGAAACGCUAAAGGCAAUGAGAAUUAUUGGCUUAUCUCAAGGAGAACAAGAUGAAAUUUUCAGGGCCUUGGCAGCAAUAUUAUGGAUAGGUAAUAUCACAUUUGCUGAGAAUGAGGAAGGUAAUGCUGUAGUUGCUGAUACAUCUGUUAUUGAUUUUAUUGCUUACUUACUACAGGUAGAUUCAGCUCUCUUGAUGACAUCUUUAAUCGAAAGAAUUAUCGAAACCAACCACGGCUCUCGAAGAGGUUCAGUUUACCACGUGCCAUUGAAUAUAGUUCAAGCAACUGCUGUUAGAGAUGCACUUGCAAAAGCCAUUUACAAUAACUUAUUUGAAUGGAUUGUUGAAAGAGUUAACGCAUCUUUACAUGCAUAUCCAGGAGCUGAUAAUUCAAUCGGUAUUCUCGAUAUAUAUGGAUUCGAAAUCUUUGAGAGCAAUUCAUUCGAACAGAUCUGUAUUAAUUACGUUAAUGAGAAGUUACAGCAGAUUUUCAUUCAGUUGACGUUAAAAUCAGAACAAGAAGAGUAUCAAAGAGAACAGAUCCAAUGGACACCAAUUAAAUUCUUUGAUAACAGAGUUGUGUGUGAUUUGAUAGAGAGUAAAAGACCCCCCGGUAUAUUUGCCGCAUUAAACGAUGCUAUUGCAACAGCUCAUGCAGACUCUAGUGCCGCUGACCAAUCGUUUGCUCAAAGGUUAAACUUAUUCACCUCAAAUAAACAUUUUGAAUUACGUUCAAGCAAAUUUUUGGUGAAGCAUUAUGCUGGUGAUGUCACAUAUGAUAUUCAGGGAAUGACAGAUAAGAACAAAGACCAAUUACAGAGAGAUUUAGUAAAUUUGAUGAGUUCGACAUCAAACAAGUUCUUGUUGCAUCUUUUCCCUAAUUCUGGAGAUUCGACAUCAAAAAAGCGGCCACCAACAGCAGGUGAUAAAAUAAUCAGCAGUGCCAACGAUUUAGUCGAUACCUUAUCAAAAGCUCAACCAUCUUAUAUUAGAACAAUCAAACCUAACCAAUCGAAGUCUCCAAGAGAGUAUAACGAUAACCAGGUUUUGCACCAAAUCAAGUAUUUAGGUUUACAGGAAAACGUUCGAAUUAGAAGAGCUGGUUUUGCUUACAGACAAACGUUUGACAAAUUUGUGGAAAGGUUUUACUUGUUAUCGCCAGGUUGUUCGUAUGCUGGUGAAUAUAUAUGGAAAGGAGACAUUCUAGAUGCAGUACAAAUGAUUUUGAGGGAUACCUCUAUUCCGCCUGCAGAAUACCAAUUGGGUGUAACAAAAGUUUUCAUAAAGAACCCCGAGACUUUGUUUGCGUUAGAGAACAUGAGGGACAAAUAUUGGCAUAACAUGGCAGCUAGGAUUCAAAGAGCUUGGAGAAGAUUUAUUCAAAAGAGGAUUGACUCCGCUGUCGCGAUUCAACGUGCCAUCAGAGAAAAGAAACACGGCAACCAAUUUGAACAGCUUCGUGAUUUUGGAUCACGGUUACUCGGCGGUAGAAAAGAGAGAAGAGCAAUGUCUAUGCUAGGCUAUAGGGCGUUUAUGGGUGACUAUUUGUCUUGCAACGAGUUCCGGUCGAAGGGUUCGUUCAUCAAGAAGAAGAUGGGUAUCGAAGAGCCUGUUGUAUUUUCUAUGAAUGGCCAGGCGUUACAUUCCUUAUUUGGUAGAUCUGCUCAAAGGUUGCCCAAAACUUUCAUUUUGACACCAUCCACCUUGUUCAUUAUUGGUAAAACGAAAGUUGACAACCAAUUGAAGUACAUAAUGGACUACGCUAUUGAUAUUAAUAGGAUAGUAUACGUGGGAAUGACAAAUUUGCAGGACGAUUGGAUUGGUAUAUAUGUCAAUGGAAUGAACAAACCGGAUCCGUUCAUUAAUACGGUCUUUAAAACGGAAUUAGUGAGCCAUCUAAAACAACUCAACAGGAACAUAGAGGUAAGGAUUGGUCCUACAAUUGAAUAUCAAAAGAAGCCUGGUAAGGCCCACGUCGUAAAGUCCCAGAUUAAUGAAAAUGCGCCAAAAUAUGGGGAUAUCUACAAAUCAAGCACAAUUUCAGUUCGUCGUGGUCUCCCUGGGAAUACUUUACAACGGAGGAAACCAGAACCUUAUCGUGAGGUAAAAGACUACCGUACCGUUCAUAAACCUCCCAAUCACAUGAUACAGCAAUCAUAUGCUCUACCUGUCAGCCAAAAUUUUGUGCCAGGUUCGUCGAUGCCGCCUAAUGCUCCUUCAGUGGCUAGCCAUGCCCAGAACAUCGAAAUUAUUCCAGAAAACAGGAUACAGAAGAAAAAACCAGCUCCUGCACCACCUGUAAAGAAGACUUUACGGAAGACUCAUCCGCAAUCCCCAUAUUCUGCGUCAGAGCAAGCAGUGAGUGCAGCCCAGGCAGCCCAAGCCGCUCACAGACCAGUACCACAACCAGCACAUAGACCAGUACCACAAGCCGCGCACAGACCAGUACCACAAUCGCCGCAGCGUUAUCAACAGGAUAUGGUCUCAACUGCAACAGAUGACACUGAACCUGUAACAAAAACGCAGGUCGCUGCACCAAAUCCAAAUGUAGCAGCUGUUGGAGCCCCACUAUCGGCUCCUCCCCCUCCUCCCCCUCCUCCAUCCUUACCAAAAUUCCAGGCUGCUUAUGAUUUCCUAGGCACAGCUUCUCCAAGCGAGUUGCCUUUAAAGAAGGGCGACAUCGUUUAUGUUUCAAAACAAGACCCCAGUGGUUGGUCUUUAGCUAAGGAUGUGAGCUCUUCUAGAGAAGGCUGGGUCCCCACCGCAUAUAUUGUUGAAUACAGCGAGGCUCCAACUUCUCCCGCGCAGGUUAUUGACUAUCCUAACACUGCCAAUACAACUGUCAGCUCAGAUAGCACACGUGCCGCCAGCUCCGCUCAAGGCGGGUUUACCAACGGUCUGGCUUCAGCUUUAGCGCAAAGAGCCAACAAAAUGCGCAAUGAGCUGUCUGACAACGAAAAUAAUGGCGAAGAUGAUGAUUGGUAG